AUGUGCUCGGAUAUCUGUUGUUUCGAUAAGCAUGGACGUCCUAUCGCCAGCCCCACUAUCGGUGGCUACACCUGGGAUCUCUACAAGGGUCCCAACGACUGGACAGUGUAUAGUUUCGUGGCCCGCGAGACUAUCACGGACUUCUCGGCCGAUGUCUUGGAGUUCUUUACUUAUUUGGUUGAUAACGAGGGCGUCUCUUCCAGCUUGUAUUUGCAGACCCUGGGUGCGGGCACUGAACCGAAGACUGGCUCUGAUGCUUGGUUCACGGUUUCGCCGUAUACUGUUAGCAUCAAUACUUAG